AGCCCACAAAUACGUGCUAUCGAGGACUGGCCUCCUAUGCCAGCCGAGGGCCACAAACAUUUAUUUUGGAACCGGGGGUAUCAUUUUCGAUCGUGCAUGCCAAAAUCUUCUUCUUUCCUUGUUCCUUAGAUCAGAUCUGAGGCAGUAUCGAAUCGAAGAAUGAAAGCAUUCUUCUUCACCAAUAGAGAUUUCUUCAAAUCCUCCACCUUCAUAAGGAUCUCAGCUUUCCUCUUCAUAUCCCUCGCUUUCUUCUACUUCGGCAAGCACUGGUCGUCCGAUGGCUACCAACAGCUCAUCUUCUUCAACUCCCGCCAAAACCCUCUCCCCUCAUCCCAAACCCAAACCCAAACCACCCCCACUGUCUCUCUCUCCCCAAACCACAACAAAUCCUUCGACAUCUCCUCCCUCAUCACCGACACCACUACCCAAACCGUAGCUUCAAUUCCACCGCCGUCGGAUCCCGAACCGCUUCCCACGCCUCCGCCUCCGCCACCGGUGGUGCAGAGGUUUGGGAUAGUGGACGAGAACGGGACGAUGAGGGACGAUUUCGAAGUCGGGGACUUUGACCCCGGCAUUGCGGAGGAUUGGGGGAGUGAGAACAAGACGGAAGCGGUGGAGGAGAGUAGGACGGUGGUUAAGAAGUUUGGGCGGUGUACGGAGAGCAUGAGGGAGUAUAUACCGUGUUUGGACAAUGUGGAGGCGAUACGGGGGUUGGAGUCGACGGAGAAAGGCGAGAGGUUCGAGCGGCAUUGUCCGGAUAAAGGGAAGGGGUUGGACUGCUUGGUUCCGGCUCCUAAGGGUUAUAGAACCCCGAUCCCCUGGCCGAGAAGUCGUGAUGAGGUAUGGUUCAGGAAUGUUCCCCAUGCACGUCUAGUUGAAGACAAGGGGGGUCAAAAUUGGAUUUCCAAAGUUAAAGACAAAUUCAAGUUUCCCGGAGGUGGUACACAGUUCAUACAUGGGGCAGAUCAAUAUUUGGAUCAGAUUUCGAAGAUGGUUCCUGAUAUAGCUUUUGGUCAGCAUACUCGAGUUGCCAUGGAUGUUGGUUGCGGUGUCGCGAGUUUUGGUGCGUAUCUAUUAUCACGGAAUGUGCUCACAAUGUCUGCAGCUCCGAAAGAUGUGCAUGAGAAUCAGGUUCAAUUCGCACUUGAGCGUGGAGUACCUGCAAUGGUGGCAGCUUUAGCAACGCGGCGGUUAUUGUAUCCGAGUCAGGCUUUUGACUUGAUACAUUGUUCUAGAUGUAGAAUUAACUGGACUCGUGAUGAUGGAAUCUUGCUGCUUGAGGUCAACAGGGUACUAAGGGCAGGAGGAUACUUUGCUUGGGCGGCACAACCUGUUUAUAAGCAUGAACCCCUCUUAGAAGAGCAAUGGGAAGAAAUGGUUAACCUUACCAGUCGCCUUUGUUGGAAUCUUGUGAAGAAGGAGGGUUAUAUUGCAAUUUGGCAGAAGCCCUCUAACAACAGUUGCUAUUUAAGUCGCGAGGCAGGAGCCCAACCUCCGCUGUGUGACUCAGAGGAUGACCCGGACAAUGUUUGGUAUGUUGAUUUGAAGGCAUGUAUCUUUCGACUACCUGAUGAUGGGGCCGGAUCAAAUGUUACCACAUGGCCUGCACGACUUCAUAAUCCUCCUGACAGACUCCAGAGCAUACAAAUGGAUGCCUACAUAUCAAGAAGAGAGCUCUUCAGGGCCGAAUCAAAAUACUGGAGUGAAAUAAUUGCAAGUUACGUUCGUGUAUUACAUUGGAAAAGCUACAAGCUUAGAAAUGUGCUGGACAUGAGAGCCAGUUUUGGAGGAUUUGCAGCGGCAUUGAUAGAACAUCAACUUGAUUGCUGGGUUCUAAAUGUUGUUCCUGUUAGUGGCCCAAACACAUUACCUGUUAUCUACGAUCGGGGGCUUCUAGGAGUUCUGCAUGACUGGUGUGAGCCAUUUGACACAUACCCAAGAACCUAUGAUUUAUUGCAUGCGGCUGGCCUCUUCUCUAUUGAGCGAAAAAGAUGUAAUGUCUCUAGCAUCAUGCUUGAAAUGGACCGGAUUCUAAGACCAGGUGGACGCGUAUACAUCCGUGAUUCUGUUGGUGUAAUGGAUGAACUUCAAGAAAUUGGGAAGGCCAUGGGUUGGCAUGUUGCGUUGAGGGACACUUCUGAGGGGCCCCACGCAAGUUAUAGGAUCCUGACAUGUGAUAAACACUAAUUACGGGCUUGAAGUAAUAGGAUGUGAAUCUAAUUCAAUUGUCAUCUCUUGUGAAAAUGGAGAUCAGAAAUUCUUAACCGAUAUUGACAUGGCACUUGGAUGUGUUAGAGAUUGUGGAGAGGAAGCUCUUCGGGAUCAGGCAACUCUGCUGCUGCAGUGGAUGUGACAAUUGCUUCAACAUAUCAACAAUAAUGUGGCUGACUCAUGUAUAAUGUGUGCAGAAUUUUGAAGUUCUAGCAUUUUAUAGUCUCUUUUCACCCAAACUGACCGGAAAAUAUAGGCAGAUGUUAAGGGAUUCUUCUUUCAUUUUUGUGCUUGUAUUCUUAAACCAUUCUUUUAAUACUAACAAGAUUGAAACGCUGUUUAGCUUUA